UGGAGAAGAAGAUUCUAUUAAUUAAUGACUCUGUUGUUGGAGAAGACUCUGUUGACUCAGAAAAGAGCAAAAAGUCUACGACUUUUUAAGUUCUUAACCCUUCUUCGACGUUCAGUAAUAACGAACAAUUCAACAUUAAACUUUCGUAUAUACACACACUCACAGACAAAAAAUUAACAGCGACGUACAUCUUUGCUCAAGAAAAAAUGCGGUUUAUCUCUUGUUUGAUACUACAACUUGUUCUUGUCCUGAAACUAAAAACGCUUGUCGUUUUGUCUCAGAACAUCAUAAACGGCUCUGUUCCUGUCGGAGGAUCUCUCACCGCUUCUGAGUCCCAACAGUUCUCCAGUUCAUGGCUUUCCCCUUCCGGUGACUUCGCUUUCGGGUUCCGCAAGAUCCAACCAAACGAUGGUUUCAUUCUAUCCAUUUGGUUCGACAAGAUUUCUGACAAGACCAUCGUGUGGCACGCACAAGCCGUCAACACAGCCACUGGUCUCGUCCCUGAUGGUUCGAAGGUUACAUUAACCGCAGAUGAGGGUCUGGUUAUCACUGACACUCGAGGUCAGCAGCUGUGGAGAUCGUUGAGUGGUGGCUCUGUUUCUCGAGGGCGCAUAACUGACGACGGAAACUUUGUUCUGUUCCGAGUUUCGGACGAGGUUGUGUGGUCGAGCUUCGAUAACCCCACCGACACUUUGUUACCUAAUCAGAAUAUAGAAGUUGGAAAGAAUCUGUCAUCUCGUAUGACGGAGACAAGCUUCAAGAAAGGAAGAUUCAGCCUACGUCUAAAUAACGAUGGAAAUCUUCAGCUUCUCACUCUCAACGCUGAGACCGUCUCAGAAUCAGACAUAUACUUUAAGUACUACCAAAGUAAUACGAAGGAUCCAAACAGCCCCGGAAUUAGAUUAAUCUACAGCAAGUCAGGGUACAUGUAUGUUCUUCAAAUGAACAAUUCAACAUUCGUUCUCAAAGACAAAGAUGGGGAAUCUUCUGAGACGUCUAUCGCCGUGCCGUUCUACAUUUCGACGGGGUUUUUGCUGAGUACUAUCAUCCCAAAGGUGGGCAGGAGAACAGUGGGUGGGUGUUUGAUUGGGCUGUCAGAUAAUAUAUGUGGGCACGCUGAUCCACUUGGGAAUACGGCUUGUGGGUAUAAUAAUAUAUGCAGUCUAAGUAACAACAAGAGACCGAAAUGUGUAUGUCCUGAGAGGUUCGUGCUGAAGGACCCUAGCAAUGAGUAUGGUGAUUGCGUGCCAGAUUUUGAGAUGCAGACUUGUGGAUUGGAAAAUAACCAAACUGCAAACUUAGAUGUGAAUCUUUACGAGUUUAUUACUUUAGAGAAGACGAAUUGGCCGUAUGGUGAUUACGAGAGUUACACCAACUAUGAUGAAGAAAGAUGUAAAGCUGCUUGUCUUAACGACUGUUUCUGUGCUGCGGUUGUUUUUGGAACCAAUCGAGAUCUUAAAUGUUGGAAGAAGAAGUUUCCGUUGUCUCACGGUAUAAGAACUCCAACUGGUGAUGGUGAUACAUUCAUUAAGGUUCUAAACCGCGCCAUUGUUGAUGGUCCAAUUACCGAAAAGAGAGCAAAAAACCGUGACUCCUUAAUCAUUGCUUGUUCGGUUCUACUUGGAACUUCAGCUUUUGUGAUAUUCAUAUUUAUUGCUCUGUACGUAAAGAAGAAGAGUAAGACGUUGAACAAGAAUGAAUCAAGAGGUACUGCAAAUGAGUUGAAUCUGAGGGUUUUUACAUACGGAGAGCUCGUGGAAGCUACAGGAGAUUUCACGGAAGAGCUUGGAAGAGGGGCGUUUGGAAUCGUUUACAAAGGAUUCAUUAAAGUUAACGGUGAUUCAGAAGUUACCGUGGCUGUCAAAAAACUAGAUCGUCUUGCUCAAGAUAACGAGAAAGAUUUCAAUAACGAGGUUAAUAAAGUGAUCGGUCAGAUUCACCACAAGAACCUAGUAAGGCUCAUUGGCUUCUGUAACGAAGGACAGACACGGAUGAUCGUUUACGAGUUCUUGCCGCACGGAACAUUAGCCAAUUUUCUCUUCAGGCGUCCGAGACCAAGAUGGGAAGCUAGAAAGCGAAUCGCGGCAGACAUUGCCCGUGGAAUCUUGUAUCUACACGAAGAGUGCAGCGAGCAGAUAAUACACUGCGACAUAAAACCGCAAAACAUACUUCUAGAUGAGUAUUACAUUCCUCGGAUCUCAGACUUUGGUCUAGCGAAGCUUUUGAUGUUUAACCAAACGCAUACGCUCACGAACAUCCGUGGAACGAAAGGUUAUGUUGCAGCCGAAUGGUUCAAGAAGGGUCCCAUUACAUCCAAAGUAGAUGUUUAUAGCUAUGGAGUGAUGCUUUUAGAAAUCGUGUGCUGCAAGAAAGCCGUUGAUCUUGAAGAUAACAUAAUUCUCAUCCAUUGGGCUUACGAUUGCUUUCGACAUGGAAGGUUGGAAGAUCUGAUUGAGGAAGAUUCAGAGGCGAUGGACGACAUGGGGACGGUGGAGAGAUAUGUGAAAAUAGCGAUAUGGUGUAUACAAGAAGAGUCAGAGAUGAGACCUAACAUGAGAAAUGUUACACAUAUGCUGGAAGGUGUGACUCAAGUUCAUGAGCCUCCAAAUCCGUCUCCUUAUAGCACUUUCACUUGUACUGAUGAGUCUAUGUCUAGUGGUUCUGUGUCACUUGUUUGAUAAGUUGAUACUUUUGUAUCAAAAAAUAUUAAGUUUUAAUAAGUUGAUAUACUUAAUUGUACGGUUGAAAGAAUAACAUAUUUGUUAUUAUGUUGAUACAUAUAACA